CACCAUGGCACUAUUGCAGUUAAUCGUUUUGGUUCUUUCUACCAUUCUGGGUAUAAAAGGACAAUGCACACUAAAAGACAUCCCGAAGAUCAAUAACUUAUGUAGUGCCGAAGUUAAUUGCAGUGGAACGACAGAAAAUUUGAUAACCCUGGUGAAAAAACAAUGGAAUUGCAUAAGACACCGCAUGCAUUAUUACUACAACAAUGAACGAGAUUAUAAUUUAGACAGUAGUUAUAAUUUGUACGUAUAUGUUAGUAAUGUAGACAUCGAUAUUUCAGAGGAUUAUUUAACUGGUGUAACAGAUCUAAGAAAUAACGUAAAAACUUUAGUUGUUGAAAAUGGCAAUCUAGUCUCAAUAGGGGCAACAUUAACCGGAUAUAGUAAAUUAGCAAAUUUUUCUUUAACUUACAACAAAGUUGAAACUAUAAACUUAAGAGAAUUAUCAGGUGAAUCAAUGAAGACUGUGAAUGUCUCGCAUAAUUCAAUAUCAAAAAUUGAAGUUGGCCCAGACGGAAUUACAUUGACUAGUGUGAUUAAUACUAUAGACCUUAGUUAUAAUGCACUUGAGUCAAUACCAAAUAACUGUUUCGCAAUGUUUCCACAUCUCAGAUAUUUAAAUCUGACAUCUAAUAAGCUUUUCAAAUUCGAUAUACUUACAUUUGAAGGAAUAACUAAAUUAGAGACAUUGCAGCUCUCGCACAACAAGAUAUCAGAAAUUGGUCAGAAUUUUGCAAGAUUUAUGAGGUUAAAAGAUUUGACUUUGGAUUUUAAUCAACUAACAACGCUCACUGAUUUCAACUUUAGAACCCUUGUCAGCUUAGAAAAACUCAACUUAAGUUCAAACCGCAUAAAACAUAUUGAGAAUAAAACUCUGGCUACACUAAUAAAUCUUGAACAGUUAGAUUUGAGUCACAAUGAAAUAUAUGUUAUCCAUCAAACCCUAUUUGAAAGCAACAUAAAUUUGCAUAAAUUAUCGAUUUCCCACAAUAACAUAGAAAAUAUAGAAAGAGGUGCAUUUAGAAAAACCAACAUAUCUUAUUUCAAUAUACAAAAUAAUUAUAUCAGCGGAUCAAUAGAGUAUGACACAUUCUUAGGUAUAUCCGUUGAAAGUCUGGAUUUAAGUAAUGGAAGAUUAAAAGAACUAGGUGAUAAAGCGUUUAGUCAUUUAGGUCCCAACUUAAGGUAUUUGAAUUUAAGUACAAAUUUAAUAGAAAAUAUAACACAAUCUGCUUUCCAGUCAUUGAAAAUGCUUUAUAAGCUGGAUUUGUCUCAUAAUAAUUUAAUCAAUAUUGAUUAUAAUACAAGCGAUCUUGUAAAGUUGACAGAAUAUCAUUUAGAAUGUAAUAAAAUAGAAAAAGUAAUUCCAAAGAUGUUCAAUAACCUGACUAAUUUGAUUAAGUUGGAUUUGUCUCAAAAUGAAAUUAACGAUAUUGAAUUUAAUUCAUUUGUUGAACUAGUGAACCUAAAGGAAUUCAAUGUAAGUAAUAACAAUUUUGUUAAAUCUCUAACAAGCAAUAUUUUUCGAGGGUUACAUAAGGUAGAGACUUUAGAUUUAUCUAAUACAAGAUUGAUGCAUUGUCUCAACGGAUCUUUUUCUAGUAUGGAUUCUCUUAAUUAUUUAAACCUAUCACAUAGUCAGUUAGAGACAAUUGAAUAUGAGACAUUUAAAGAAACUGGGUCCAUUUCUAUUAUUGAUUUAUCAUAUAACAUGCUAGAGAACUUUUAUAUUAAUACUUCAAACAUUGAACAACUAUCAGAACUUUAUCUUAAUCAUAACAAAUUAAAAAACAUUACACGUAUGACAUUUAAGAAUUUACGACUAUUAAAAAAACUAAACUUAGCUUGUAAUAAUAUAUUUUAUAUAGACUCUAGUAGCUUGCAAUCACUUUCUCAUUUAAAUUAUUUGGACUUAAGUUCUAAUUACAACUUGGCUAUUAAGGGUGAUGUUUUUAACAAUUUGUUUAUAUCACAAGUUAUUUUAAGAAAUAUACGACAUCAAUUCAGUUUUGAAAAUACUAUGAAUAGUUCAAUAUCGACAUUAAUAUUAACAAAUUGUGAAAUUGAAGAUAUGAAUUCCGUUUUUGUGUAUAAUAUUAAUAAAAUUCUUAAGUUAGAUGUAAGCUCAAAUAAAAUUAAAACACUGAAUAAAGGCUCAUUCCAGAAUAUGGGUGCUUUAAAUUGGCUCGAUAUAAGCUUUAAUAUGAUUUCCACGAUUCAGCCCGGGACAUUCAUAACCAAUAACAUGAUAAAUACUUUAAAUCUUUAUAGUAACAAUUUACGAUCUCUGCAAUUUGGAGUACUCGAUGGACUCGUAAAUCUUCGUGUUCUUAAUUUAUCUAACAAUGAAAUAGAUACUUUUGCCGUCAAUCUUUUACACAACUCACCAAAUCUAAAUAAGUUGUUUUUUGACAAUAAUAAUUUAGUGAGUAUGGAUUUUAGAUCACUCAGUAAAACAAGCGUUGAAUUGAUAACUAUUGGUGGUAAUAGUAUACCAUGUGACACGUUGGCAGAUUGGAAAAAAAUAAAUAAUGAUAGCCUAAAUGUUACCGGGGCGAGACUUGAUUUUGAUUCAGAAAAUAUAUAUGGCAUCAGUUGCAAAGGCAAAAUUAGUUCUUCACGGAAAGAAAUACAAAAUGAGAACAAUAAUAUAAAUUUAACUAGCGAAGUAGUUAAAAUAAAGGACAUAGUUGGGCAGUUGUAUAACUAUUUAAGACUAUCCGAAAAUGAAACAUUUUCUAAAAUAAUUGCCGUUUCGGAAAAGAUUCUUGAUAAUAAUAAAUUAGACGACGUCAAUUUUAACACAUCUCAAAUGAUUUUAAAGGAACAAUUAAAUAAUUUUCUAAACGAGAAAAAAAAUAAAAGUGAUAGUGUAACGAAUGACAUUCAAUUAAUUAUAUCAUUAUUAGAAAAAAAUAAUUACUUAACCGAACUUGGUAAUAUUAAAAAAAAUGAAUUAUUACAAAUACCAAUUUCUAAUGAGAAAUAUGAAAAUGUUUAUUCGACAGAUAUUGUUCCAAAAUCGAAUGAUACACAACCGCUAGAAGUUAAAUUAAAUCAAAGAACAUUAACAGAUAUGAAAAUAUUAUUAUAUUUUAUAGCCACAUGUUUAGCAAUUGUAGUUUUAUUUCAUGUUGUAGCAAUUAUACAUAAAUAUGUGUACAGACAGACAUCUCGCGGUUUACGGAUAAACAAUGCGUAUAAUAAUAGGCAAUCAGUGGUUAAUGGCCUAGAAAUGGACUAAAUAGCCGAAAUAAUAGCACAUAAGAAUUAUAUAUAAGGUUAUAUUAUUUUGUAAUAGUUUUGGUAUGCUAAUAAAAAUAUUUCAUAAUAUAAAAUUAUAAUAUUAGCAUUGAUUACUAGUUUUUAGUUAACCUGUGAAUAUAGCCGUAGCUAUUUAAAUUGUAUACUUUUGUUAUCCACACUUUGAGGUGUUUCGUUUAAUACCAAACUCGAAACAUUACACUCAAUAUAUAUCUAUAUAUAUAAAACAAAGUUGUGUUAGUUACACCAUUUAUAACUCAAGAUAGGCUCGACACAUUUUUAAUAUAUUUGAUUUUUUGGAUUUCUCUUAGACCGGAAUAGGAUAAUAAGUAUUAGUAUAACAUUCAUAAAAAAAAAAUGUUUCGGGGUACGAAGUUCGUCGGGAAAGCUAGUUAUCUAUAUAUUUUUUUUUAAAUUUGAGUAUUUUGUCCGUCAUAUCCGCCUUAGUUUGAUGCUAAGAGGUAGCCAACGAACUUAUUUUACUUCUUCUGGGCUUGUCUCCGUAGUUGGUUGGCCGGAACCUUCCGUUGUACGUACUGCCACUGGUACGGCUCCCCGCUGGGUCACUCCGGCCAGCUGAGCUCACUUCAGAAGCUUAGCAGGCCACCCAGGUCGCCAAGUGCCUUAAGGAGUGAUGGUGAGGAGCCAAGGUUAUGGUGGCAUCGAAGUAUUAUGUGUGUCAGUGUUUCAUCAACCUCAAUGCAUGCUCUGCUCUGACUGUCGGUUAUACCUUAUUAUUAUAAAUAUAUUUUUGCAAUUUAUAUGUAAUUUUUUUCGAACAACUUUAUUGUCAAAUUAGGUUUA